GUCGCCUGACUGGGCUCCUCCCCCGGCCCGCCCCUGAAGGUUUAUCUUGUGACCGCGGAAUCUGGUUCUUCAUUCCUUGAGCUUGCAGUGUAAGCUGCCAUGCGUUUCUUGGGCGCCGCGUUCCUGUUCCUGGCACUCAGCGCCUCCGCCCUGGCCGAGCCGGUGCAUUUCAAGGACUGCGGUUCUGGGGUCGGAGUUAUAAAGGAAGUGAAUGUGAACCCGUGCUCCACCCAGCCCUGCCAACUGCACAAAGGACAGUCUUACAGUGUCAAUGUCACAUUCACCAGUAGCACUCAGUCUCAAAGUAGCAAAGCCGUGGUGCAUGGCAUUGUGAUGGGCGUUGCAAUUCCCUUUCCUAUUCCUGAGCCUGACGGUUGUAAGAGUGGAAUCAGCUGCCCCAUUGAAAAAGACAAGACCUAUAGCUACUUGAAUAAACUACCCGUGAAGAGUGAAUACCCCUCUAUAAAACUGGUGGUGGAGUGGGAACUUAAGGAUGACAACGACCAACGUCUCUUCUGCUGGGAAAUCCCAGUACAGAUUGAAAGCUAG